AUGAGCCAGCUGGCAGUGGCUGAUGACACUACCAGAGGCAUAGUGGAGUUGGUGGCCAAGCAGCCCAGUGCCAAGAACCCUGCUCAGCGUGGCGGUGUGGGCUUCUUCUCCCCACGCUACCAGCAUCAACCCAUGGUCCUGCCGCGGCGUGGCCGUGCACCCCCGGCCCUGCCGGCUCAGCUCCGGGCCCAGCUCCACCAGCUGCUCUGCCAUGGGGCCGUGGGUUUAUCGGAGCUGGAACAGCCUUCGUCCGCCGCCUGGCACCCGCUGCGUGUCAGCAACUACGGCUUCUAUUCCAUCGCCGAGAUGCUGGCGCGGCCGCCCGACCUGGUGGCUGUCACAAAGCAGGAUGGGGCUUAGCUGUCCCUCAGGGGUGCAGUGGUGGCAUCACGGAGGACUGGACCCAUAAAGCCGUUAUUCCCAUUGAAGCAGACCUUCAAAACUGUGCCUAUCGUAAGGCAGAUGACCCAGACAAACUCAGUACUCCGAAUCCAGUGUCCAAUACCAGAAUCUUGUGGUACCAGCGCCCUCCCUGAGGCUGCAGUCCUUAACAGCCCAGAGGGGGACCAGGUCUCUCUGCCAAUGGAUUACAUAACACCACAGCCUGAACCUGAACCGCAGGAUGGACAACUGUUUCAGAAGUGUGUCAUCAAGCUGGAGGAGGAGCUUAGGCAGCGUAUUCUGGAGAAUGGGCAAGCGGGCACUGUCACAGAACUAAAGGCCAAGCUUCGCCAGUUUGUAGCCCAAAACAGUGAGGGACUGUCCGUCCACGAUCUCCCUGCAGAAUUCAAGAGGGUGUUUGGGGAGGAGCUGCCGGUGGUCCAGAGUGGCUUCCUGAGUACCACGGAGAUGGUGGGCGCCCUGAGCGACACGCUCUACCUGCGGCCCAUGGCGGGUGACGAGGGCAACCACUGGGUGGUCAUGGACAUCCAGAAUGCCCCUGGACACACAAAGCCUCAACAACCAGGUGCGGGCUACUACUUCAGCUGUGGGAGUCUCCCUGGGAGGAGAGGAGGCGAGACCAAGCCCAACUUGGAGGAAGACCUGGAGCUCCGCAUCACCACCAAGACCUUCUACCAGGUGAGCUGGAGAUACGGCUCGUUGCCCGUGCGUUGUCGGCGUGGGGCGGUGACCCCGGACGCCAUGCGGGGCCAGAGGCUGAGGGCCCCCACGUGCAGGGGCUUUCGGGAGCUGGUGGCCGUGCUGGUGGAGCAUGUGAGUCUCCUCUCGAACUUCUACAUCCGCUUUGAUGAGAGCCAGGGCCGCGCCCUGGAGAACAUGAUGAUUGAGAUGAGGAGCUGCUACACCUGUCCCGAGGUGUUGGAGCGUUACCGUCUGCCGGAGCGCUGCGUGCGUACAGGCCAGGUGUGCUGCGUGGCGCCCCAGGGCAUCUGGUUCUACCGCGUGGUGGUUCACCGUGUCCUCAACAACACCCAUGCAGAGGUCUACUACGUGGACUUUGGAGACCUCACCACUGUCCAGAGGAGCAGCCUCAACUUCCUCAAGUCUUGUUACUCAGAGCUCCCAGCACAAGCAGUCCCGUCAUCGCUGGCUGGAAUCAAGCCUUUGGGCAGCUGGAGUGCCAAUGCCAAGACCUCCUUCCAGAAGCUAUGUUGUGACCGUACCCUGGUGGCAGCCCUGCAUGGCUACCACGCCGACUUCCUGCAGCUCUUUCUGUGCGACACACACACCGAGGAGGACGUGUACAUCCACAGCGCCCUGCAGGCCCAGGGCCAUGGGCUCUGCUGCGCACCGACCGUCAGCGCAGCAUUGUGUAACCAGUUCAACCCAGUGAGCCUCUAUCUGGGCGAAGGCGUGUGGCGAGGAAUGGAAAUAGAGGACGAGGACCCCACCCUGGAGCCUUGCAACGAAGCCACCACCAUCACUUUCCAGCACAACACCACCCAACCCCUGUCCAAGAGCUCCCCUUGCCCCACUCACACGCGUUCCAGUAGUGGUAGUAGCAGCAGCAGCCCCAGUGGUAGCAUCAGCAGCAGCCCCGGUGGUAGUAGCAUCGGCAGCAGCAGCCCCAGUGGUGGCAUCAGCAGCAGCAGUCCCGGUGGUAGCAGCAUCAGCAGCGGCGGCCCCAGUGGUGGCAUCAGCGGCAGCGGCCCCGGUGGUGGUAGCAUCAGCAGCGAGUGGUGGUGGCAGUGGCAUCAGCAGCGGCAGCCCCAGCAGUAG